AUGGAAUGUCCCCAUUUGUUAGAUAACGUCAAUUUGGAUAGCGAUCUCUUCGGUGAGGACUCUUCGAUCACAAAGAACUUCAAUUGUUCAGAAUGUGCUAUAGAAGAGCAAAAUUGGAUUUGCUUGCAUUGUGGAGUGGUGAACUGUGGCCGCUAUGCCAGCGGGCAUGCAAAGCAACAUGCGGAAUCAUCUGACCACCAGCUGUGCAUGAGUUGUGAUGUGUUCUCAGUUUACUGUUACAAAUGCGAUGACUAUAUAUCAAACGACACCGAUCAACAAACUGUGCACAAAAUAAGGCAUGGUAUUAUGCAAGUUAGGAAUAACGAAAAUGUUGAAUCAAAUACUGACGUAGAUGAAAUUGAAACUGCCAGCAAAAGCUAUGAAGAACAAGAUAGUCCUGUUACACACAAAUUGGACACAAAUGAAAAGUUGGCGUUGUCUCCAAGUAUGGUAACAUAUGGUGCUGAAGUAAUGGCAACAAGCUCAUGUGAUAUACCUGAAAAUGAAAGCAAUGAAAAUAAACCAACUAUAUCUAAGAAUGUGGACGAGCCAGUAAGAAGUUUGCGUCCUCGAUAUAGAAAGCGAUCUCACUCUGAAGACAGUAGUUCAACGGAGAAUUCAAACCAACCUUCUAGAGGUAAAGAAAAGAAGGUAUCCCCAUGCAAUGGAAAGAGUCAACGGGAGAAGAAGAUAGUAGGUUUAAAGAAUCUGGGCAACACGUGUUUCAUGAACGCAGUGCUACAAAGUCUGAAUAAUAUACAGGAAUUUAGUUGCUAUUUUAGUCAGCUACCCUCAUUGGAGGUAAAGACAAAUGGACGUAAAGUGUACCAUUCGAGAAGUUACACGCGACAGGAAAUGCAUGAUGUUGUUAUGGCUGAAGAACUAAGAAAGGUCCUUAUCAAUCUGAACACGGGUGGAUGUGGUUCAAAGGGUGCGAUAUCUCCGGAGUGCCUGUUCCUUGUCAUCUGGAAGGUGGUGCCGAGGUUCAGAGGGUACCAACAGCAGGACGCCCACGAGUUCUUGCGGUACAUGUUGGACAGAUUACACACAGAACUUUUACAGUUGUUGCCGCCAGACCGUGCUGAGGGUAAUUUUGUACCUCGAGCGCCCUCUGCCUCAAUUGUAACUGCUGUUUUCGGCGGAACAUUGCAAAGCGAGGUUCGUUGUCUAGCGUGCGGCACGGAAAGCAAAAAGUUCGAUCCGUUUCUGGAUCUUUCCCUGGAAUUACCCGAGAUAGGUCGACACGAAGCGCCUGUCUCUUUGACAGACUGUCUUGCAAGUUUCGUUCAGGUUGAAGAAUUAGCCGACACGGAGCGUUAUUACUGCAGUACGUGUAAAUGCAAACAAAAAUCCACUAAGCAGUUCAGGGUACGCAGGCUACCCAACGUCUUAUGUCUGCACCUUAAGAGGUUUCGGUGGCAUAAUUACUUUAGAACAAAAGUGGACACAAACAUAUCGUUUCCGCUGAGUGCGUUGGACAUGUCGCGGUUCGUGCUAUCGAACGUGCCCGACACGCGACACUCCGGCCUCGGGAACUAUCUGUACGAUCUCGCCGCAGUCAUCGUUCACCACGGCUCUGGGGCGGGCUCCGGUCACUAUACGGCGUUCGCAAUCAACGGAGACCAGUGGUUUCACUUCAACGACCAGACAGUGCGAGCAACGGACUCGAGCGCAGUUGCUUCGUGCAAACCAUACAUUCUGUUCUACAUACGCCGCGAGUUCGCUCUGCCUUCCGCCUCGUGACAACUCUACCCGCAUUUUACAAUAUGCUCUUCCGAAAGCUAUGACUUCUUCGACCUUAUGGUCGAUAAUCAUUGGUUGCGCAUCGCACUCAAAAUUGUUGCGAACUAGGCUUCUCGUACGUUGGAUACGAAUUUUAAACGCCAUGACACUUGUAAAAAUAGAGUGCGCUUUUUUCUUUCAAGGUCAUUUUUGUAGGUGCUUUCCCAUAAUUUGAAUUUGAAGAUAUUUCGGUCCAGACACACGGGUCAUGAUCGCAUGAUGCACCGCAUCGUCCUGAUGUGUUCACGAUCCAUGUUAAUGGAUCAACAAAUCGUGCGAAAUCAAAUAAACAUCGUGAACUAUAUAAUUUUAAUAAAAAUUACCAUUAUUCGUGUAAAUUUAAGUUUAGAAUCGUCAAGGUCAUUUGACACCUGUCUUAAAUGUUUCAUUUAUAACACGCUGGAACGCACGGUUUUUGGCCUACGUACAACGAAUCCUCUCAACACCGACUGAAACUAAAGGAUUGGAAUGUGAGCUUAAUGAUAUACGACAUAAACCUCACUUUUCAAUAUAACAACUUGAGUCGAGUUCGUGUGGAGUAGAUAUGGUAUGCCAAGACCAUAAUGCGUAUACUCUUUUUACUUUUGUGUUAUGAUGUAAACAAUCUUUUCAUUAUUGUAGUGUAAAUUCUUUUUUUUUUUUAAAUGGAAAAUACUUUUUUUACGUUUUUAUUAUUUUUAAUAAUUCCAUAACACAUUUUUACACUAAAAGUAAUGAAAAUAUUGUUAACAUAUUAAGACAAGUAAAUAAAGAUGGACUAUGUUCGGGUACUAUUGUGGUUUUUGUACGCACUACUGUAACUUGUACGCAAAACGCAUCCAAAGUGCGUCAAUCCUGCAAAUGCAUCUAACUUUUAUUUGAAUCGCCACAAAUGGGUUUUAUUUAUUUAAUUAGGUUUAUGUUUAAGCUCCGGAGUGUGUGUUUGUAUUCAAACGUUACAAAGGUUAGUUUUUUGCCGGCCAUUGGAAAAAAAACUUCGCGUUAAUACGGAAUAUUAUUUUAUUACUGCAUCAAAGUUCUUUGUGAGUUAUCGUCAAGUCGUUAACGUUUAAUCAAGUAUUUAACUUUUUUUAGUUAUUUUUGUUAAAAAUUAGAAAAGGAAUGAUUUUUUUCCGAAUGUUGGAGUUAAUGUAAAAGUAAUUUCGCUGGCCCGCUUAGCAUACAAACUCUAUGAUUGAUGUCCUUAAAUGUAUGUCCACUUGGUGCACUAUGUUUAAAGAAUUUAUUAUAUAACUGAUUGCAAUAGCAUGGGAAAUAGCUAUACUAUUUAUAUAAUUUUUAUCAAGUAUAGGAAUUUUCCUUUCUCAACAUCAAAUUUCUAGGUAUGAAGAAGGACAUCAAAACUAUGAGUUGCAGAGUUUGAUUACUUUGAACACAUUCUAUUUUUAGUCAAAACGAAUUGUACACACAUAUUUUUAAGUCGACAUAUCAUGUAUUUUCAACAAAUAAAAAGUUCAGCAUAUACUAGUUAUGCGCCUCGUAUAUCAAGAUCCCUUGACAGCUUGUUCGGCAUUGUUGGGAUUCUAGAUCGAGCUGGGAUAUCUUCAAUAUUUAUACUCGCACCAGGCUUAACACCUACGCAUUAUGGAAACUGAAGAGCGUCACCUACCAGUAUUGUAUACUGGAAACUUUGUUAGAAUACGGUAAUGACACUAGAUGGCGUCCUUUCGAUUCCAUACAAAACAUAGUUAACUAUCACGCGAGCGAAUAGGUAGAAAAAUUCACACUAACGCGCGCAGAUCCUUAAUAUACGUGAAUCGUCUAGGCGCAUAACAUAAAUCUUAGUACUGCAGUGGUUUUUACAUUUUACAUUUAUUUCCAUACUUUUAUUUUCAUCCAUAGAAUCUUUAGUGGAAAGUUACCUUGUAAGCAUGUAUUAUAUAUUAAAUUCAAUUAACUUGUUAACCCAUGCCCCAGCUUAAUAUAAGCGUAAUGUAUUUAACUUUUAUUUUGUGAACAAACUAUGAAUUGAAAAUGGCUUUAAGAAAAAUUAUGUGCUCUUUUUAUUAGGAAUAUAUUUUAUGUCGAGUAUUGUUUCUGUGGUGAUUCUACAAGGUAGUUUAUUACGAGACAUUAGGCGUUAAGGAAAUCUUAUAUCAUUAUUAAUAGUAUUGUGUUGAUAAUGAGGUUUGCAAUAAACAAGAUAAAUAUUAGUAGUUAGACCAGUGAGUUAUGCAUCAUUAUUUUUGGAUGGUGUUUGUUAAAUAAUAAUUGUACUAUGGAACGUGACUUCAUCGAAAAAAAAAUAGUUUUUCUCGUGUUCCAUAGAAUUACAACUAGUCCAGUCCAUAGACUGGACUAGUUGUAACCGGACUUAAAUCUCAGUGACGUCUCAAAUUGUUCCAUUACAAUAAUUAUAUUUAUUACUUUUUGUUUGAAUAGGUUUUUUAAAAGAACAAGUUGAAACAUAAAAAAAAUAAAUGUGCUAUGACGUCAUGUUCGACAGAACACUUAAUGCGACUUAAUGCCCUUAUUUUGUUAUAAAAUUCUCAUUUUUCUUACGUCAUGGAGGAUUUAUCCUUUCACAAUUAUAAUGUGUUUUUCUAAUAAUUUAAUCUUUUAUAAUAAUGCAACACGCAAACGAGCUGGACUCUCUGUUCCAAGUUGCAAAUGUAUUUUCUGUGUGUAUCAACUCAAGUUUCCUUUGAAAAACGAAAAAUACAUUUACUAACAAUAAAAACAAAAAAAAUGGAAUCAUAAUAUCGCAGCAAUUCAAUUGAUGAAUUCAAAUAUUAUUGAGCUUGAUAGUAUUAUAAAUGAAUUUUAAACAACCGUAAUAUACUCAGCUUCUGUUAAGUAAUUUUUUUACAUAUAUUAAACUGAUUCUACACAAUAUACCCAAACCCACCGAGAUGUAGCGGCCGCCCGCUCAUUUACUUCAUUUGCUCGGCUCCUUAGGAUCGUAGGGAUUGGAUAAUGUUCCUCAUAAAUUUGGCGCUAUCUUAUACCAAAAAGAAGAAUUUUGAAUCCAAGUGGUAUCCAAGAGAUUAGCGCGUUUAUGAAACAAAAAAAAAAACAAACUAACCCUUCAGCUUCAUUAUUAGUAUAGAUAAGGUACUUGACGCAGAUGGCUAUUCCAAACCUUAGCUGUGUAUGUCCUUACACGCUUUCCAUUGUGUAUGUUGCGUGCAAAUAUGGCGUCACAUUUGCGUGCUAGUUAGUUGAAUUUGUAACAUACUUGCCAGAACUGACACCUUUAGUGAUUGGGCCAAAGUUUGUGGAUUGCUUGCGUUAAAAGUAGUUCGCUUGGAUUUCAAGUUAAAGCUUCAUGCAACCGUCAGCUUAGUUGCAGGUUUACGUUUUCACUACUUAUGCAGCUUAAAACUUGCAUAAUGGAUUUAUUUAUCAAGUAUUAUGCAAGUUUUAAGCUGGAGGUCUAUGCUCUAAAACCCUCUCCUAUGAAUUAGGAGGUCUGUUCCCAACAGUCCUAAUAUUGGGAACAGUCUUUUGAUCAUUAAUGAUGAUGAUAAUGAUGAUGAUGAUGAUGAUGAUGAUGAUGAUCAUAGUGAUAUGUUAUUAACUAUUGCGCGGCUAGAUUGCACCUUAAGUAUAAAUAAAGUUCAAUUGUUUGAAAAGUAAUGAAUAUGGUAAUUCCCUGUGCGAGAUCUUUACAUUCCUGAUAAAUAUAAUCCGAUGGUCUAUUUAAUUUCAGAGCGUUAUCGACGACUCGUGUUAAAACCAUAUUGUGAUAGUACGAGUGCAGUGUGUAUAUAGAAUGGUUUAAUGAUUUUGUGUCGUGAAAUAUGAUGGUCUCUUUUGCAAGUACCUAAUUGAAAUUGUUCAAUAACAGGUUUAUUUUUAAGUACUUCAAUUACUGGAAGUUGAUAGUGAUUGAAUUUAAUAAAUUCGCCAAUUGA